GUAGGUGUUGCCUGAAUUCCGAUCUCUUCCGUGAGGCAAUUGAAUGCAUCACAAGCCCCCUGGUGGUCAGUUACGUAAAACGUUUUUAUAACAAAACCAUGGCUGCUCCGUUUGCGAGGAUCUUCUCUAAGUCGCUCAGACAGAUCCCUCGACCAUGGGGAUCAUCAUGUCAGUCUGGAUUGAGGAGCAGGUCCACCAAAUCUCUCCCUGUUAUGGGUUCAGAUCACACAAGUGGCGUGGUUUCUUUCCCUCCCCUUCAGACAUAUUCAGAGGAGGAGAGCAUGAUGAAGGAUGCAGUGAAGAAGUACGCACAAGAGCGCAUUGCACCCUUUGUGUCAAAGAUGGAUGAAAAGUCUGCCAUGGACGAAGAAGUGAUCAAAUCUCUUUUUGAGCAGGGUUUAAUGGGAAUUGAGAUUGACCCAGAAUAUGGAGGGACUGGCUCCUCGUUCUUUGCCUCAAUUCUGGUCAUUGAAGAGCUGGCUAAAGUGGAUCCGUCUGUUUCUGUUCUGUGUGACAUCCAAAACACACUAAUCAACGUUCUGUUCACGAAACUUGGUACUCCAGCCCAAAAGGAGAAGUACCUGAGCCAUCUGUCUACUGACAUGAUCGGGAGCUUCUGCCUGUCUGAAGCAGAGUCGGGGAGUGAUGCUUUUGCCCUGAAGACACGUGCUGAAAAACACAAGGACUUUUAUGUGAUCAAUGGAUCAAAGAUGUGGAUCAGUAAUGCAGAGCAUGCAGGCGUUUUCUUGGUGAUGGCUAAUGUAAAUCCCUCUGCUGGAUAUCGGGGAAUCACUUGUUUUAUUGUGGACCGGGAAACUGAGGGGCUUGAGAUUGGCAAGAAGGAAAACAAACUUGGUCUGCGUGCGUCCUCAACCUGCCCAGUUAAUUUUGAUAAUGUCAAGGUCCCUGAAAGUAAUAUCUUAGGUGAGAUCGGCCAUGGAUACAAAUAUGCCAUAGGAAUGUUAAACGAGGGCAGAAUUGGAAUUGCAGCUCAGAUGGUUGGUCUCGCACAAGGUUGCUUUGACCACACAGUUCCUUACACCAGACAGAGAGUGCAAUUUGGAAAACGCAUCUUUGACUUCCAGGGCAUGCAGCACCAAAUAGCCCAUGUGGCCACACAGAUUGAAGCUGCUCGGCUGCUGACGUACAACGCUGCUCGUCUGAAGGAAGCCGGCAGACCUUUUAUCAAGGAGGCCUGCAUGGCCAAGUACUUUUCUGCUGAAGUUGCAACCCUAACCACAUCCAAAUGCAUUGAGUGGAUGGGAGGCGUCGGUUUUACCAAAGACUACCCCAUUGAAAAAUAUUACAGAGACUGCAAAAUCGGAACUAUUUAUGAAGGAACAACGAACAUCCAGCUGUCCACCAUGGCCAAGUUCAUCGAUAAGGAGUUUGAGCAAUAAAACAUUGCAUGUUACUGUUACACUUAACACUUUAUUAGUAGACCUGCUUUUGUAUUUAAAUAGUUUUUUCUGAUCCUUGCUGAUAUACAUUUGUUCUAAAUGGUUUUGCAGAUAUCUAUUUUUAUUUUCCAAGUUUAGGAAGUACAUUGUUUUAAAAUAUUUUCCCUUAAAUUUUAUUUCUUGUUAACUCCACAGCUACAAGGCAGUAGCUGCUAUUUUGAGAUGAACUGUCCCAUUUUUUUAUUACCGUAGUAAAUAGAAAUGAUUUAAGAAAGUGUGAUUUAGUUUGUAAAGCAUACAUUUAUUUUUGGAGGAUGUCCUCUACAGUAUUCAUCAAAUCUUUCAGUGCCUUCAGAAAUUCAUCCAUCCUGGUGAUCUUUUUUGUUUUUUGCUCAAAGAUACUAUGAACUCCUGAUUUCAGCUUUUUGAAGGGUUAAUUCCCGCAGAUCCCACUAGAUGGCAGCACUUUCCUGAGUGACCACGGCGCUCUUGAGGAGCAGCUCCUUACUGAAAGGGCAGUCAAUUAUCAUGUCCUUUAACAUCCUGUCAGCUCUAAUGAUAUUUUAAAUCAGUUUAAUUACGCUGGUGCUUCUGAUGAAAAGAGCCGGCCCUGCAUAAUCCCCUCAUUGAUCAUUUGUACAGUCGAGGCUAAUUAAAUUCCCCAGGCCUGUGUAUUGCUGUAUAAAAUAAAGACGUAGCCACAUGA